AUGCCGAAGGUUGGACCCACAAUAACCUCCAUUUUAGUUUCCGGAUGGUCCCGAUUGAGAAUUUCCUGGAGAACUCAGCAUGUUGUUGAGGAACAUCAAGGAACUGCAGUGGGUGUUUCCACGCUCCAGUCAUGGGUCAGAGGCUUAAAUGAAAGAGAUUUACGUGAGCUUGAGGAAGACAGCCGUGAGCUUGGACUAGUUGGUGAUCAUUACCUUAGACCGUAUGUAAUUUCCAAACCAGAAGUGACCGUUACCAAGCGAAUGGAUAAAGACGAAUUUCUCAUACUAGCCAGUGAUGGCUUGUGGGAUGUUAUCCCUAAUGAACUUGCAUGCCGGAUUGUGAAGAGAUGUCUUGAUGGAAAAAUGAGGAGCUACAUGCAGGAGGUUGAGAAUGAAAGCCGCCCGGCUGAGGCAGCGGCAUUAUUGGCCGAGUUAGCACUGGCUCGGGGAAGCAAAGAUAACAUUAGUGUUAUUGUAGUUGAACUGAGGAAAUCUAGAGGUUUUGUCGGUUCAUAG